GUCUGAAAGUAUGUCAGUUGUUGUGCUAUGGUCGAGUCUGCGAGUGUCGAAAAGCAAGUGGAAGCUGGAGUGGAGGGGUGAAUCGGAAGCACCUCUGAAGCCCCUCGUACAGAUUCCAGAAAGCAACAUCGAGAAAGCUCAACAGACCGAGGCGAGCCCACUCACAGCAUUCGGCCCCUCCCAAGCAGCGAAUGCCCAAGAAACAGCAGAGCCUAAAGCAAAAGUACGCCGCCGCAGUAAAGUCCCGCAUCUCAGAGCCCACCGGUUCCCACUCCUCUCCUCUUUCACAAUGGCCCCACCCAAUAGCAGCAUCACCUUCACCGCAACCCUCAGUCCACGACCUCCUAUCCCGCUUCCGGCCCCCCCGACCGCGGAACGGUAACCUAGCCCGCUACGGUGAAUCUAAAGUCCUCGACACGUACGCAUCCUACGGGCAUCAUAUCCAGCGGAUAGAAUCCACCGCCGCGCAAUCGAAUGUGACUGUUGCGGGACCUGCUCCACCGCCGGGGUGGAGGGCGGCGUGGCGGGAAGCGGUGCCGGUUAGUACUCCCACUGUGAUUCCCACAGACGGGUCCAACCCUCGCGUGCGUUCGCUCGUCGAUCUCUGUGUCGACAGUGUAGCGCAACGGAUUAGGGUGUACAGGCAACGCCAGGCGGAAUUUGCAUGCGUGCCAUGGCACCUGAAGGAACGGAUCCUGCAACGGGUGUGCGAGACAUCCCGGCUCGUGAAUGAUUUAUUGUGUUUGUUCAGGGAUCCGGAGAUGAGGGUGCUUGUGUUGGCCAACUCGUCGGUGACUGUGAAGGGGCUGGCGGGGCAUUUCGAUACCUCGGCUACACCCGUGGUGGCCGGUGGUUCACAGCCAUCCACAGAGAGGAAGGAAGAGGAAGUGCUUGAGUCAUGGGAAGACGCGGCGGACCUCGCGGAGAUCACACCCAUAGUGCAUCAACGCCCGCCCUUUGCGAACCUGCACACGCUCUCCAUCUCGCAUGCGGUGGGGAUUACCGCUGUUCCGUUCACGCAUCUCGUUUCUAAAGCCCUCCCGAACUUAUACGUUCUCGAUCUGUCCGGUUGUUUCGACUCGCAGCACGGUCCGCACGCUCUGGGUAUCCUCGCCUGCAAUUUGGUGGGAUUGAAACUGUUGAAUCUGUCGGGGUGCAAGUGGGUGACGAGGGAGGUUGUGUUGGGCGUUGGGUGGGAGGCGCGGUGGAGGGAGAUGUGUGUGUUGGUGGUGAGGAGGUGUGGGGAGGGGUGUGAAGGUGUGGUAGAGGAUUUGCGGAGGGUGAGGCGGGGUUUGGCGGUUGUUUGUGAUAGGGCGGCUGGGGGUGCGGAGUGGGAGGGUGCCGAGUGUGGGGUUUCGCGCGGUGGUGUUUCGCGGAACCAGGAUAGAGGGUCGUAUGCGGGGCCGUAUUGAUAGAUGUACACAAGUUUUGGCGAAGUCACUCCACUUCAAACUCGGCUCUCGUAUCAGGAUUUGCGAGUGACCAUGAUAGAUGGAUAUUUUGAUAGUGGUGUACAAAAAUAAGAAGCAUACGAAACUGGUAACGGAAAAGAUUUCCCCUCACCAACAGACUAAAAAUCGAAUCUGAAACGAAAAGAAGCAACGAACCCCUUAUCUAGCGAACCGGCCCGACUAACAAGCACAAUAGGCGGAUGCACUGGACCCCCCUUUUUCAAAGCUGAGAAGCUACGCCAUGCACAUCACCAACAUGCUG